CGCACAGGCUCUCAGCCCCAAACCAGUAGGAGGUGGCUACAUUGUAUCUAUUGUAUCCCUUGGCUGGAACAUUUGUACAUUCUCAGGACGUGAAAUUGAGAGUGAAAAGCAUGGCAGAUGAACAAGAAAUCAUGUGCAAAUUGGAAAGCAUUAAAGAGAUCAGGAAUAAGACCCUGCAGAUGGAGAAGAUCAAGGCUCGUUUGAAGGCUGAGUUUGAGGCACUUGAGUCCGAAGAGAGGCACCUGAAAGAAUACAAACAGGAAAUGGACCUUCUGCUACAGGAGAAAAUGGCCCAUGUGGAGGAACUCCGACUGAUCCAUGCUGACAUUAAUGUGAUGGAAAACACUAUCAAACAGUCUGAGAAUGACCUGAACAAGCUUUUAGAGUCUACCCGACGACUGCAUGAUGAGUACAAGCCACUGAAGGAGCAUGUGGAUGCUCUACGCAUGACACUGGGCCUGCAGAGGCUUCCUGAUUUGUGCGAUGAGGAAGAGAAACUCUCUCUGGAUUACUUUGAGAAGCAGAAAGCAGAAUGGCAGACAGAGCCUCAAGAGCCCCCCAUUCCAGAGUCCCUGGCUGCUGCAGCAGCUGCUGCCCAGCAACUCCAAGUGGCCAGGAAGCAGGACACUCGGCAGACUGCUACCUUCAGGCAGCAGCCUCCACCUAUGAAGAAAAAGCUUGCUGACUCAUCCUGUCUAAGAAAAUUACAUAAUCGGCCUGUUUAUCAUGUCACCAACAAAUUCACCGAAAUGCACCUAUAUGCCCUCUUUGCAAAGCCAAGAGCCGAUCCCGAAACCCCAAAAAGCCAAAACGGAAGCAAGAUGAAUGAAAAAAGAGUGAACCUAUAGACCUCUUCUGAUCACAAGCCCUCCCUUUGGCCAGAGUGAUGAUGUCCUGGUAUAAAAGAAACCUUACCCAUUUCUACCAAGUCUUCUAUUUAAUGUUAAGGAAAGAUAACCCUUCUCUGAUCCAAUUUCUUUCUGUUCUUGGGAUUUCUAGCUCAAGCAGAGUUGUGGUUCAGGUGCUAAUGGCUGUCUCUUCUGUCCCACCUAUAUUUCAUAUACUGUCCUUGUUCGGAGAUGAGUAAAGGGGGAAAGGCCAAGACUGAAUCUUUUCCUUUGGUCUAAAGCCUGGAGCCUUAUGAGCUAUAGGGUUCAAGAGCUAGGACAGGCCUAUACCUUGUUUCAGAAAAAGGUUCUAAUGAUUUCCAUUCAUGUACUUUUGCCUUUGGUUCUGAAGGGAUCAUAACUUUUGUGCUGGACUUCCCAAUGGGCUGGGUGCUUAUAUCUCAUAACCCCUACCUUCCUUCUUAAUGUCCAGAGGUAACUUUGAGAAAUGUUUCUUUUUAUAUUAAUUUAUGAGGACUACGUAUUAUUCUAAAGCUGCACUCAAGUCUCCCAGAUGUACUAGAGUUAUUAGGUUAUGUGUCUAGGAAUCCUGAGAUUUGUGAGCCUUUCCUCAUAUUCCUAUUCUUUAUAAAUCAGUAUACAUUCCUCACAGUGAAAUAAGGGACCCAUUCUACCAUUCCUUCCUAGCUCAUAGUGUACAAUGCUGAGACUGAGGGAUAAGGGUUGUUUCAAACCUAGAGGAGACCCAGGCUGACUUUGGCUUUGGAUUUUGUUCAAAAUUAUUACCCUGAUACCUGUUCAUUAUUAUAUCACUCAGAGGAUAGGAAUGGAUAUAUAAUCAAGUGAAUAAUAAUCAUUUUACAGAUAGGACUUUCCUUCCAGUCCUCCCUCCCUUUAUUAGGUCUGUCUUCUUCAAAAUAAUCUCAGUUCAGGGUAACAGUUGGACACCCCUUUCCUAUGAAUUUUGCAGGUGAUGUUACUUGCCUAAAGGAAAGGCACUAAGCUCCCUAAACCCCACAACUCACUUCUCUACAAAGCCAGGUCUUCUAGUCAAUCUUACUCUUAUAGGCUAAGAAUGGGUGCUAACUGACUGAAAAAGGUUUUGCUUCAGGUUUCACUCCCUGGCUGGGGAGAGAAGGGAAAUAUUUUUCCUUCUUUCCUUAAUUGUAGUUUUAAUUGGCUACAAUAUGUGUUCAAAACAUCAAAGGUUCCUCUGCCUUUUGAAAGUAAGAGUGUUAUGACUGUAUAAAUCCAUUUAAAUAAAAAUUCAUUCAUUGGAAUAAA